AUGAACACUGUCAAAUCUUUCUGGCUCGGCUGGGGCUCCCUAUGUGUCGCCCUCGGUCCUUCCCCUCCUCCGAAUGUGCCCUCUUACAUUUCCUCUCCAGCCGGCGCCGGCGCCUACUACUUUGCCAAGAAGGAAAUCAACGCCGAUCGCAGAGCCAAGCUUGAGCAGGCACGCAGGAAGAAGCAGGACAUUCGAUCGUUGGAAUAUGCCGGCCCCGAAUCGACGUCUGCCUACGCCUCGGGCCCAGCGAGGACCGAUACCGUCGGCUCCCCGAGCCAGGAGGCCACCAACGAUCCCGCCCCGACAAGCCAUGCUCCGGCUACGGAAUCGCAGCGCGUCACGGAGAAGAGUAAAUACGAAAGCAACGAGCCCUACCGCAGCCCAAAGGGCGAUCGCUUCUCUUGA